AUGGUCGCGCCGGGCGCCGCUCUGAGUGACCUUUCACCCACGCCCAGCGGUCCCGGGCGGCGGCACAAGGCGGAAGCCAUGGCGGAGGCGGCGGCUGCGGCGGGCAGGACGGGCGCGAGCCCCGGCUCUGCAGCGGUCCGGGACUCGGACCUGGACCGUGCUGGGCGGAGGCUUCGGGUUCUCUCGGCCCAUCUGCUGGGCCGGCCCCAGGAGGUUCUGAGUACCAAUGAGUGCAAAGCUCCGAGAGCCGCGUCGGCGGCCACGGCGGCGGCCACGGCCACUCCCGCCGCACAGGAGUCGGGCACCAUCCCCAAGAAGCGGCAAGAAGUUAUGAAAUGGAAUGGAUGGGGAUACAAUGAUUCCAAGUUCUUCAUCAAUAAGAAGGGUGAAGCUGAGUUGACUGGGAAAAGGUACCCUCUUAGUGGCUUGACUUUACCAACUUUUAAGGAAUGGAUCCAAAAUACACUUGGAGUAAGUCUGGAACAUAAAACUACCUCUAAAGCAUCCUUAAAUCCUAGUGAUACUCCUCCUUCAAUUGUAAAUGAAGAUUUUCUUCGUGAACUUAAAGAAACUAAUAUUUCAUAUUCACAAGAAGCAGAUGAUCGAGUAUUUAGAGCUCAUGGUCAUUGUCUUCAUGAGAUAUUUUUGCUCAGGGAAGGAAUGUUUCAGCGAAUUCCUGAUAUAGUUUUAUGGCCAACAUGUCAUGAUGAUGUAGUUAAGAUUGUGAAUCUAGCAUGCAAAUAUAACCUUUGUAUCAUACCAAUUGGUGGAGGAACAAGUGUUUCAUAUGGCCUGAUGUGUCCUGCAGAUGAGACAAGAACAAUAAUUUCUUUGGACACUUCACAAAUGAAUCGAAUUCUUUGGGUUGAUGAGAACAAUCUGACAGCUCAUGUAGAGGCUGGCAUAACAGGACAAGAUUUGGAAAGACAGCUUAAAGAAAGUGGUUAUUGUACAGGUCAUGAACCAGAUUCCCUGGAAUUCAGCACUGUGGGAGGAUGGAUAUCUACUCGGGCAUCAGGCAUGAAGAAGAAUAUCUAUGGCAAUAUUGAGGACCUGGUGGUUCAUAUGAAAAUGGUAACACCUAGAGGUGUAAUAGAAAAAAGCUGUCAAGGACCUCGUAUGUCAACAGGCCCUGAUAUCCAUCACUUCAUCAUGGGAUCUGAAGGAACUCUUGGUGUAAUAACAGAAGCUACAAUAAAAAUCAGACCAAUCCCUGAAUACCAAAAGUAUGGCUCGGUAGCUUUCCCUAAUUUUGAACAAGGAGUAGCCUGUUUAAGAGAAAUUGCAAAACAGAGAUGUGCUCCUGCAUCUAUUCGCCUCAUGGACAACCAGCAGUUUCAGUUUGGUCAUGCUCUUAAACCUCAGGUUUCCUCUAUUUUUACAUCAUUUUUGGAUGGAUUAAAAAAGUUUUAUAUUACAAAGUUUAAAGGAUUUGAUCCAAAUCAGCUAAGUGUAGCCACAUUACUAUUUGAGGGGGACCGUGAGAAGGUUCUUCAACAUGAAAAACAAGUAUAUGACAUCGCUGCAAAAUUUGGUGGAUUGGCAGCUGGAGAAGAUAAUGGGCAGAGAGGAUAUUUGCUGACCUAUGUCAUUGCAUACAUUCGAGACUUGGGUUUGGAAUACUAUGUUUUUGGAGAAUCUUUUGAGACUUCUGCUCCUUGGGACAGGGUUGUAGAUCUCUGUAGAAAUGUAAAAGAAAGAAUAAGAAGGGAAUGCAAGGAGAAAGGUGUACAGUUUGCUCCUCUUUCUACAUGCAGGGUAACGCAGACUUAUGAUGCAGGUGCAUGUAUCUACUUCUAUUUUGCCUUUAACUACAGGGGAAUUAGUGACCCACUGACCGUGUUUGAACAAACUGAGGCAGCUGCUAGAGAAGAGAUCCUUGCAAAUGGAGGGAGCCUGUCACAUCACCAUGGAGUGGGCAAGUUGCGGAAGCAGUGGCUAAAGGAAUGUAUCUCCGAUGUCGGCUUUGGAAUGCUGAAGUCUGUCAAGGAAUAUGUGGACCCCAGUAAUAUCUUUGGAAAUAGAAACCUUUUAUAAAUCCAUUAGUAUCAUUAUGAAAAAUGUCACCUUUUUUUUUUUUAAGUCUUGAACUGUAUGGUUAUACCAGUAAUCAGAUACAUUAUGGACUAUAUUUUGGCUACAUUUGAUUGUUGGUUUAACAUAAGUUUGCUUUCAUUCUGUAGUUUUGUUUCCACAUCUAUGGAUUGACAGAUGGUGUUCUUAAAUCUCUCUCAGUGUAGGUAUAUCAGUUUACAGCCAACUGUUUAUAAUUUCAAAUUUUAGUCAAGCAUCACAAGGCUACCAGAUAUUUCAGAGGAAGAUGCUGCCUGCUGUUUUACAUUAAUGCUUCCUCUUGAGGAACAAAGGAGGCUUUUGGUAUCAUCUAUUGCUUCUCUGGCCUUUAAAAAAAAGAAAAAAGAAGAAGAACGUUUUUGGGAAGCAGUUAUCUAGGAAACGAGUCCACUGAGGAGUGAUACAGGUAUAUGUUUUCUAAGAACAUGUUAUACUGUGAUAGGACAUUAAGGGAGGAAAGAAUAUAGGCAACCUGUUGUUAGGAGGCCUUCAAUUCUAUAAGGUGCUUGGCCUACAGUUUUCUUUGAAAUUAGUAUACAGUUGUAAUUACCAGUAUAGGAAUUACUCUGUGAGGGGACACAUUUUUGUUCUUGAUGUUUCUCUUUCUGCUGAUAUAUGAGUUUGUAUUUGCAUCACUAAGAUCAUUCAUAGUAUGUUUUGUAAGAAAAGCUGACUUAUCCCUCACUUAUUCCUGUGAAGGACAGGUUUACUAUGAAAUGAAUGCCUUUAUCCACCCUGAGUCCCAGUGUUUCUCCUGUCCCAUGCUUGUUGCUGAGCUGCAGAAGCUGCAACAGGAACAGAAGGAAGACUCCUGACCCUAAUGUCUCCAGCUGAAAGAGCCCUUUGGCUAAAGAAACAGUCAUGAUUUAGCAUUUGGAUUUAAAAGCCUCAACAGUUUCAAUGACAAAAAUCUUUAAUUUUUUAAAUUAACCCAAAUAGCAUGGUAAAUUUUCAUGUGAAAAUAAGUUUCAAAUUAGUUCUUAAUAAUGGUUUAAUGCCUUUUUUGAAUUACUGGUUUAACCUAAAUUUUUUUAAAAAUGUAUUAAUGCAUAUACAUAAUCAGAAGUUUGAAAUAUCAUAUUUCUUACAUAAUAAAGAAAACAUUAAUCACAUUUAGCAAACAUUUUUACAUUUAACCUGGCUAUUAAAAUGAGUGAAAUUAUUACUUUAAAUCACUGUCUGUUUGGUUCAUGUUUUACAUUUUAAGAUGGAUUCUUUUCUUACUGCAAUACCUAACUUUUGAUAAUUUUUUAAAACUAAUAUUUAAUCAGAUAAUAUAUGUCAAAAUGCAGAUGAUCCUUUGAAAGGACACUCUGUGUAGCAACAACUCCAAACUAUUUUGGGGCAGUUUACUAUCUUUUUUAUCUGAAGUAGCCUUAACCAGAAAAGUGAAAAUUUAAAUUUGACAAAAUGUAUUUUUAAGACUUCAGAAUGAUAAUUUUUAACUAUUAAAAUUGGCCUCAAACUAACAAAAUUAAAUCUGUAAACAAAUCAAAAUUAAGUACUAGUGUAACGACAAAAACUAAAACUAUGUAUUUUUAGAAGCUGCCUCUCUUCAUUGGUGAUUUAUUUUUAAUUAUAAAAUUUCCAGCAAAUCUAUGCUUAAAACCCUCGAUGGUUUGAAAUAGUUGGACACUUGAUGAGGAAAUUGCCUCUAGAAUGAUCAUAUUCUCAACUUUAUAAAAUGCAUCUAUUCAUGACGAUGAUUUCUCUAAUUGGUGAUCAAAAUGUAAAAUUUAGUAAGGUACUAAUAUCUCACUGAAAGUGUAUACAUGUUUCUGA